AACAGCUAUUGUGAAAUUGUGUGUCAAAAUCAACCCGGAACGAAAUAACAAUCUGAUUGCUGGCAAAUCACUGGUAUUCGGUGUUGAGUUAGCGAAGUGGUUUAGCGAUUCGACAAAUCAAAACGAAAAAAAGAAAACUCUUCAUCGGAAAAGAAAAACCACACAGACGGCGUAGAGAAAGAGAGAGAGAGAGAGAGCGAGCGAGCGUGUGUGCGUACGGGAGAAGCAAGAAGAAGGGCGAAUGCAAUUCGAUUGGCAAAAAAAAAGCGACUCAACGAUAGACCGACGACAUCGACACCGACACCGAUUCUCAUCCCCUCUCCCGAACAAGCGACAGUUGCCGUCUGUUUAGAUUCUUCUUUUAUUUUUCUUUGGAUUUUUUCUUGAAUUGCGGAGAGAGAAACUAAUUUCACAGAUUCGCGUCGCAAAUUGACCAAAGACGGCUGAAAACCGAUACAGACGGCCUACAAAAUGUUAAUAAAUCUAAAGGUGAAAACUUUAGAUGCGCGCACACACGAUUUUAGCAUCGACAAUGAGCUAACCAUUCGUCAGUUCAAGGACCAGAUUGCCGUCAAAACGAAUAUUGCCGCCGAAAAUCAGCGCAUUAUUUAUCAGGGACGUGUCUUGGCCGAUGAUAAGCAAGUAAAGGAAUACGAUGUCGAUGGCAAAGUGCUGCAUGUCGCCGAGCGUCCGCCGUUCUCGCAACGCGGCGCCAACGCAACAAACAACGAUGAACCGAUGCGAGGAUUUCGCAGCAUGGCCGGUCGCCCAACGCCCCGCAAUAUGCGCAACUCACCCUACUUCCGGGCACUCGAUGGCAUGCUCGUGGGCACCAUGGCCAUACCAGUGAAUAAUGGCAACCUAACUGCCGCCGGGACCCGCACGCCGCCCAAUCGGUUUCCGAACUCGUCGUCCUUUUGCAUCAAUCGGAUAACCGUUGCCCAGCACAUGAUCGACUGUGCCAACAAUAUUGCCGCCUAUCUGGAGAAUCCGGAGAUUGGUUUGAACAAUCAACCGUUGGAUAUAUUGCAGCGAGGUCACUGGACCAUGGAAUCAACGGUGGUCGAGGUGGGUGUCUCCUCGACGGAUAUGCCACGCAACAAUAACAUCAUCGAUAUGGUUCAGGAUGCAGUCACCGCUGCGCUCUCCCGCAAUACACCCGGUCGCAACUAUACGGUCGUCCAGCUGCCCACGGUCUACACAAACGAGGGAAGCGGCGGCGGCGGUGGCGGUGGCGAGAACACCCAACAGCAGCAGUCUCAACAGCAGCAACAGCAAUCACGGGAUGAGGAGGGAGCCAGUGGCGAAGCGGCCUCUGCCUCGGACUCGGCUGGUAACAGUGAGUCGAGUGAGGAGACAACAGCCGCCGCUGCUGUCAUCAUCGAGGAUGUGAUUGUGACCGAUGAAGACGAACGUUCCGCAUCGCCACCAUCGACAGAGGAUGCAACAGCAGCAGCUGGCGUUGCAGCUGGAGCUGAAGCUGAAGCUGGAGCAGGUGCUGCAGCAGGAGCAGCUGCUGCAGGUGAAGAUCCCAAUGGCGCCAAUGUGACUGGCGUCGAUUCGCGUCGCCGCACACGACCCCAGGUGCUGGCGUCUGUCAUUCAGCGUUAUCGCACCGUCGAGUCGCGUCUCGCCACAUUCGUCGAUCGCUAUCAGGAGAUCCUGUUGCAGGAUCCGGAAUUUGGUGAGCAGAAUAACGUGGAACGCGACAAUGCUCAGCGCACCUUUGAUCGCGUCUCGGAGGCUCUUCAUUAUUUGUCGCAUGCCCAGCACGCAAUCUCCGAUCUGAUGCUGGAUCUGUCACAGCCAGGUCCACGCGUCCUCACCUGCCGACCCAUUUUGGUCGAGCAGAGCGGCUACAUUCGCUCCAACAAUAUAUUUACGCCCAAUUUGGUUGCGGCGCCGCUUAGCGAUCUGCUCUUACCUACUACAGAAGCGGCUGCUAGUGCAGCAGCCACUGGCCACGCCCCCGCCCCGAUACCAGCCACAGGCAGCAACCCUCUUCCCGCUUCAGCUCCAACUGCUGCAGGUGGAGCACAGCCAGAACAGUUGACUCUGCAUCAGCUGCUCGAAUCCUUUGAGUCGGACAGAUGGAUGAGGGGCGCUGCUGGAGCCACUGCACAGCCACAGUUUCAGCUCCCUUCACCAACCUAUGGCCCCCAAGGAGCUGUAGCUGGAGCACAGCGGGGUCAGCCGCCAUUUGAGCCUACUUCACCACCCUAUGGCCCGGGCACAGCUGUUCCAGCUGCGACUGCAACUGGUGCAAUCCCAGCUCCAGUUGGAACACGACCUGGUCGAGAAGCGUCAUCGUCUGACUCAAUGGAGGAGGAUGAGGAAAGACAACUGCUGCUGGCCGAUGCGGCAGCUGCACUCGUUGCUGGUCUCGGCCAGCGCACUGAUAACGUCGAGGAUCCCGUCGAUGAGCCCAUGGUGGCGCCACCAAGUCCUGCCAACGCAGCUGGCACUCUGCCACAGCAGCAGCAAACGCCACGACCCGAAAUGAAUGAGCACGUGGAGCAAUCAGUGGAGUCGGCUGAUGAGGCACCAGCACGGCCCAGGUUUCGCCUCUAUAUGCCAGUGCCACUGCCGCCACCCAAUCCGCAUAUGCGCAUGGCUCGUCUCAUUCAGGCCGUGGUCAACAGCGCGACGAACGAUGCGGAUUUGCGGCUUGAGUUCAAUAUGCCCAAUGUGAUCAAUUUGCCGGUGCAUGUGAUUACUGCUGCACUGCAUCCGAGAGCAGCAGGUGCACCAGUGGUGGCCAACGAGGGCGCUGCAACGGGAACGCAAAUAGCAGCUGCUGUAGCAGCUGCUGCUGCAGCAGCCGCUGCAACUGCAACAGCAGUUAGCGAACCAAAUGCUGCAACAGCAACGGCGGCAACUGCAGCCACUACUUUGGGCGCCUCUGGUGCCGCCUCAACAUCGAGUGGCACGCGCAGCGGGGAACAGCGAGCAAACACGUUGCCCACAACGGCAACACAGACGCGUUCCACGGCGCGGCCACAAAUUCAGAUUGGUGGCAACAACAAUUGGGCUGGUCGCAUUGCGCCGACGCACACCGCCUUCGAUCGCUUCUUGCCGUGCAACAGUCAUCACAUACGCGAACAGGAGCCGCUUAUCCAGCAGACCAACAACAACAACAACAUCAGCAGCAUCGGCAUUGGCACUGGCAGUGGCAACAGCAUUCGCCGUGGCGCCUACAACAAUGCAGCCAGCAGUCGUGCAACAAACGGCUUGGUUGGCACUGGCACUGGCACGGCCAACGUUGCUACCACAACCACCACCACCACCAACACCGCACCACCUGGCAUCGGAGUCGUCAGCAAUGCAGCAGUCACAGCAAACGCUGCCGAUGGUCCAGCCGCAGGCUCUGGCGCUGGCGCUGGCGCAAUUGCAGCAUCUGUGUCCGGCAGCAACACAUCUUUGGCAACCACCUCAUCGGCAGCAGGAGGAGGAGCAGGCGCAGGAGCACAGGCCGCACGCAAUCUGCGUGCCCAGGUGCGCAGUUUUGUGCAUCAGACGGUCUUCGAGGGUGGACCGAUCAACGAACAGACAAUACCCACGGCCAUUGAUCGGGCGCUGGACUGGUUCGCCGAUUGUCUGCUGUUUUUGCGGCAAUACGAGCGACCCGAAUACAAUUCACACGACUCCGUGUGCAACAUGCUGCGCCGCAGUCUGCUUCUAGUUAUCUCGCUGUGCGUCGAACCCAUUCACUGUCACAUUCGCUUCGAGCAUCGGCUCAAACUGAUCUGCGAACAGUUUCGCACACGUCUCUACAGUGUGCUCUUCCUCUGCCUCGGCAGCGACAAUGCAGAGCUCUUCUGGCGCCAACUGAUGCAAGUCCUGGGCGUGCCACUCCGCUCAAACUUUCGCAAUGAGGCCCUGCAGUUCUUGUGCAUCUACAUUGAUCCGAGAAUACCGGCGCAAACAGACACCGCCGAUGCUGAACAGUUCCUGGUGCUGCGCAAUGCGGCGCAGUCAACGCUGCCCACAGACGACGAUCAACCUUUUGUUGCGCCACCGCCGCUUGCCUUUAAUCCACAGCAGCUGGAACAACAGCAACAACAGGAGCACCAACAGCAGCAGCAGCAGGCGGCACCGGAGCAGCAGUCACUCGAUAAUGAUAUCGAAAUGGCCGAGGUGGCCAGCAGCAGCAAUAGUGCCACCGAAAUGGAGCCACCAUUACCCGCAGUUACGCCAGGCUCCGAGCCGUGGCACAACAGCUUCCCCAACGACUGGCUGCCUGUGAUAACACGAGAUCUGCAAACCCAAACGGAGCAAAACCAAGCACAGCCACCGUACUCGGAUGCAUACAUAUCUGGGAUGUCCGCCAAGCGUCGCAAGAUCAUCCAGACGGAGAAGCCGCCCACAAAUGUGGAGUGUCUGAUUGCGAGCGGUGUACAGCGAGCUAUUCAUAGAACUGGGCUAAGCAACAGCAGCGGCGGCGGUAAUGCUACCAAUCCAGCUAUCAAUCCGGAUGUAAUAAUCAAUGCCAUUGCCCAUGAUGCUGUCGUCCAGGCAUCGUAUACGGACGCAGUCCGUACGAAUGUACGCGAUCGCAUUAAGCAUGACAUUGAUUACAAGUCUGGCAAAUAUCCGCAGAUCACCAAGUUCACUGAGCAGAAGUAGGCGGGCCGGGAAGGGUCCUGGCCCUGAUCCUGGUCCGGGCAGGUUGGGCGGUUAGGACUCUUAGUGCUUAGUGCUUGUUGUAAAUUUUACUUUAACGAAAAAAUAUUGUAUUUAACUUAGUUAAUGGAUAAGUUCUGUUUAAAGUCUGCAGUCGGCAGCCUGAAGCGGAAGCGGUCCACGGUCCACAAGGAGUGCAUGCAGGUGGCUGCUUCAUUGCAACACACACACACAACCACAUUAUAUGAAAUACCGCUGAUAUAUAUAU